GACUGCCCUCUGACAGCGUUGUUUUUACACUACGUCAUAUGUUUUCCAAGCUGUAACGGACAACACGAAACACAGUAUGGUCUAUAUUUAAACGCUUUGUGAUUGGCUAACUAUUGACAUUAAGAUCACGAGGCACACGCUUCACGUUGCAUUCAAGGGAGGCGAGCUGCCCGCCUGUCGCUCUGGCCGCCAUCUUGCUUCACGUUUUGUCAGCUGCACACGGCCCUCAAGUUUGGUCUGCGUGUUGACACGAGUGGCUCAGCGAUAAACAACACUGUUUACACCUCUCACGCUCCCUCAACAGUACAAGAAACAAGUUUGAGAAAACUCACAACUAGUUUUCAUAAUAUGUUAAUACAUUGUGGCAGAGCCAGAGAGUUUUCAGUGUUGCAAACAAACGUCUUAAAGGCCAGUGGAGAGGACCGAAGCGAAAGAAACUGUCAAGUCUAAGACAGCAAUUAAGAUGAUGACUACGUGCGAUUCCUUAAAGUCUGCAACUCGUCGGAAAGUUGGCAGAACAGACAUUUAUACUUCACUGUUUGUGUGUUUAAUCCUUACGGUGCUUCGCACAGCAACUAGUAGUGGUGUACAGGGAGCAGAUGUGGAGGAGACAGCAGCGGGGACAAACAGUAUCAUCGCGGGAAGCCACUUGCUUCCAGAUGGAAAUAUCAGUUCCACAUUAGAUAAUAAUGCCACGAGCUCACAAAGUAUUUACUUCAUUUCGGUGCUUUUUGAAAAAUAUAGCAGUUCCAAACUACAGCUGUCCUUGGACGGGUUCACUCAGCUGCUGUGCAAUCUGGGCUUGCUACACAUCAAUGACGAGACUGGUCAAGCAGACGAAAUAUCGAGUGCGUUUAAAUUUGUCUGUAAAAAUAUAACCUACUCUGCAUUCCGAGCGCAGAAUCGUGUUAAACAUGAUAGUCGACAGGACCAGGAACGGACACAUGCGCAGGCUGAUGAUGACGGCGACCACGAUCACAAUCCAAACCCUUUCAUAAUGACCACCAGUUCACAGGAGCAGCCUGCAAACGACCAUACUCGUGGCCUGCACUGUUUCAACCAUCUACACCAUAACGGUGACCACUUCUUAGGUGAUCAUGUCUCGGGUGCUUUGAGUGAUGUCACCACACAUGCCAGCCGAAGGAAAAGAACAGCGAAUAUAUUCAAGGCUGUCGAGCGGAGAUCUCUUCCGUCCACCACCAGCAAAGGACAGCAGCUGUCAUCAGCCGCACCUUGGGGUUACUUGAACUUGGCAAAGUGUGUAGACCCCCAGGAGCUGUUUGACAUCUUCCACAUUCCCUCAAAUGGCACCAUGAGUUACUCUGACUUCCUCAACGUGUGUCCAGCUCUCAUCUAUAUCAUAGACCAAAAAACAUUUCAGCAAGAAGAUAUUCAUGAUCACACACAUUCCACUGGAGUCCCGCACGCCUUCCAGAAUAUACCUGGCAAAGUAUGGGGCUACAGCACUCUAGCAGUACUCAUCAUUUCACUGGUGGGCUUGUUGGGAGUGGCUGUUAUUCCCAUCAUGCAGAAGGUUUUUUAUAAUCACUUGCUGCAGCUGCUUGUGGCCCUGGCUGUGGGGGCAUUAUCAGGGGAUGCCCUGCUACAUCUCUUGCCCCAUGCUCUUGCUGCCCAUCCUGAUCAUGAGCACACACACCAAAUGUCUGUUGAGGAUGAAAGUCAGCAUCUGCAGUCAGUGUGGAAAGGGCUGACAGCCCUUCUAUGUAUUUUUUUCUUUUUUCUAGUGGAGAGAAUCCUCACAAUUGUCACAGAAAAGAAAAGGAGGAGAAAGACUAUGGGCCGUUUAAAAAAGAAGCGAUGUGAGCAGCUUUGUGAUAUUGAGAAGAGCAGUGCUGUUGGAGCAAAGUUAUCUUCCCAUGAUGCAGAUGACCAUCUUAACUGUGAUCAAAUGGUCAUGGUAGUACAUCCAAACAAAUCCCUGAAAGGCUAUGCUGAUGCUACACAUGAUGUCUUGCUACACCAGUGUGAUGAGAGUCUCAGUCAGCCUGAGGGAAAUUUUGAGGAUGAUGUCAUAGAUUCCUCACAUGCCAGCUUUGGUCACUCCCAUAGUGGCCAUGGCCAUGCCCACAGUGUUCCUGGCUCUGUGGCAGCAGUGGCCUGGAUGGUUAUCUUGGGAGACGGAAUUCAUAACCUGAGUGAUGGACUAGCUAUUGGAGCAGCAUUUGCAAGCAGUGUGACUGGUGGUGUCAGUACAUCCAUUGCAGUCUUUUGUCAUGAACUACCACAUGAGAUAGGAGACUUUGCUGUACUACUGCGAGCUGGAAUGUCCAUCAGACAAGCUAUCGUUUACAACUGUGUCUCUUCACUUCUCUGCAUCAUUGGUAUGGUCAUUGGAGUGGCAAUUGGCAAUAUACACAGUGCUUCCAUCUGGAUCUUUGCUGGUGUGGGAGGCAUGUUUUUGUACAUUUCCAUGGUAGAUAUGAUACCUCAGCUGCCAGAGAUGACUGCAGUGGACACAAAGAAGGGAGAGCCCCAGUUCCUACAUUUGUUCUUACAGGUGUGCGGCAUUUUUGUUGGAGCAGGAAUCAUGCUUCUGAUAGCUGUUUAUGAGCAACGUCUACAGCUUUUACUGGAUUGAUUUUCUUUGGGCACCACUGGCAGUUUUACUGGACAAUGGCCACGAUAGCAUCUGGUAGGUGGGCUACAAAAGCUGUGUAGGCAGUGUAUGUGAUAUCUACUGGGUUGUCUGCGGGAUGCUGAUUAUGACUUUUGGACCGAAAUUUAAGAGCUGGCUUCCAGUUGUAAACCUUUCAGUUAAGCAUUUGGCCAACAUAAAUAUAAUUUAAAAACAUUGUUCUGGCUUUCAUAGAUACUGAAAAUACAAUUAGUGUCUAUUUGAGAACACAUCUUCUACAGAAGGUUGUAACUGUAGCUGCUUGCAUUGAUAAGCUUAUCAGACAUACAGGGCAAGGCAACUCCCCCUCCCCCACCCUAAAAAAAAAAUGUUGGGCUUAAAUGAUGGACACUGAUACUUUAAAUAUCUGCUUAACAAUUUAGACUGCAAAAGAAUAGUUCAUCUAUAAACAGGUCUGGGUCAGUUCACAAAGGCCUCCCUAUUUCCAUACUGGGUACUCUUUCAUGAAGAAAAACACAGACUCUAAUUUGUGAUGUUGUGUCUACAUUUUGACAAGAUUAUAGAGUGAAGAUAGGUCAUCUGUUAUCAGUCCAGGAAACUUGUCAGUGGGACCCAAUCAACAUCAAUAAUUUAAGCCCAGCUUAUAGUAGACUUCCCUCAUUGAUUUUUUUUUAAAAAAAAAGAUGAUUCUUGUAACGAGAAUUUUUUUGAAUCUCUUGGUGAAAGAAGUUUUAUGUUCAGAGUUUUUUUUUUUUUAGUAUUAGUGUGUUCUUUCAUGCAGCUAAUGUCCACGGAUCUGUAGAUGUGUGAGUAGGUACACUUAACUAACAAUAUCAGAAGUAGAGAAUUUCAUUUUUUUAUAGUUAUAAUCUAAGCUAGGCAAUAACAACAACAACAACAAAUUUCUUGGCCCCAGUAAAAAAUUGUUUCAUCUUGAAAGGAUGAAUCUGAACUAGUGCAAGUGGAAAUUUGUCCAUAAACAUUUCUCUGGUUAUAUUAGGAUCUCUCACAUAUGGCUAGUAUACAUGGAAUGGUUUCAUCAUAUGUCAACCUAACCACCAUGCUGCAUAGUUCUGUAGCUCAUUAUACUGAUUAUAUUAAGGUCUCUCACAUUGCAUAUCACUAGUAUAAAUAAGUGGUUCCCUCAUGGUCAACCUAGCCACUAUGCUGAACAAUAGCGCUUUCUCGGGUUACUAAAAAUAGAUUGUGAUGUCAUGCAGCAGAGCAUAAUGGGAUUGCUUUGUGGGCAAACACUGCGCGUUGUUAUUUCUGUUUACGCUACAGCGACUGACAGAGAGCGACAUUUUUUUAUAUUAAUCUCUGAAACAAUGCUGAAAACAGGAGGAACCAAGCACUGCUGUUGGGGUUUAUGUAAAUCGGACUCCAGAUAUCCAGAGCGAUUACAGGAGGGGACGUUUUUUAUUCCAUUUCCAAAGCCUGGUAAGACCAGUGACAACAUGACCCAUGCAUUGGGAAAGACAACAGGGCAAGUUCAAGACUGAGAAAGCAAAGCGCCGGCAGUUUUUAUGUGGGCGAUCUGAUUUCCAAAAUGUGGAGAAAAUAACCAGGAACACAUAUAUCUGCUUUCUGCAUUUUCGUGGUAGAAAAGGCCCAACAUCUGAGAGCGACGAACCAGUAUUAGCGACGCUUACAGACGAGGAAACAAAAGCGACAGGGACGUAAAAGGAAGCUACGUGGCGACCAACCUGCACAUUAUCAACGGGACAAAUGAGAAGAAAACUGGUCCAUCUAGGCGUUUACCCCAGAGGAACUGUUCAUUACACUUCUGAGGCUGCGAAAAGGACUUUCACUGAAAAUGAUUGCCUACAUGUUUGACACAUCUGAAUCGUUUGAGAGCAAAUUUUUAUCAGUUUAUGUUCCUACACUUCAAGUCUAUGAAUGUCCCUAUAUUCCCAACAAAGGAUAUGGAUAAAACAUCUUUGCCAAGAGUGUUUAGACAGUUUACAAAUGUCAGAUACUCUGUAGACUGCACACAAUUCUUUUGUAGGACACCCAGGAUUAUGGGCAGCAAGGCAAUGUGUAUUCCUCUUACAA